AUGGCAUACGAAUUUGCUAACAGUGCCCAUGACGGUCCUUCUGACUCCCCCUGGGAUGAAAAUCCGAGCGAUGUUCGCGACGCCGAGUGGACAAAAAUCUCUUCCGACUUCACCAAUGCCGGAUAUCGAGAGGGCAUCACGUCUGGGAAGGAAGAUGCUCUGCAAGAAGGGUUCGAUGCUGGCUAUGCGCAUGUCGGCCUCCCGCUCGGACGUUCUCUCGGCCUUCUGCGAGGCAGAGCAUCGGCUCUUGCGGCUUUCCUGUCUACACAUCCGGAUCCCGAUGCCUCGAAAUGCGCCACUGAAGCCCAAGAUAUUGCCACUGCCCUCAGUCAAAUUCGAUUUGCAGACAUUGCACCGCGUGACGAGGAGGCUGAGGCUCACGCUCUUGAGCAUCUCGCCAUGACCGGUGAAGAUCUGGACGAGAAUGAGGAGAUCAGAGACAGGAGGGCGAUGGAGCAGCUCGAGGAUCUCAUGGGCGGUGUAUCUACAAGCACCACCAGCGCAGUUCAAGGCGAGAAACGGCCGACUCCGGACGACGUAGCAGCUCUAAGAGUUGAGGAUCCACAAUUCUCUCUGAACGCUCCCUCCAGCGGUUCCCCGCGACCUCAUCUGCCUGUGGCGCCGGCUACAGUCAGCGCCAUAAAAACCAACACGCUACCGCUUUGUGGUAUCAAGAUCAGGUGCAUAAACUCACGCAACGGCUUGGAACCGCCAAUGGCAGGCGUUCUUAGAGCAUCAAGGAGCAUCGCUAUGCAAACAUGCAUAUGGCUUACAUAG